AUACUGGAGCUAUCGCGCAUAAUCAUAACAUUACUUUUUCCCCGUCAACCGUCGACGCUCUCCGCGAGGUUCGAAUCGCCAUCUCUGUCGUUGUCGUCGGCUGGAUCGCUACAACUGCAUUGAAAGGCUGGCUGGCCAGGGCCAAGCAGUGAUACACACGAUCUUGGUCACUUGAAGAGCGCGCAUUUGCUGGGGCCUGGAAUCUGAAGCAUUGCGCUGAAAGAAGCCGCGAGAUCAAUUGGCAAAUCGACAAACCACAAACAACGUCGAUCGAAGAGGUCGAUCGAUAGACAUCUUGAACGUACAUACUUGCACAGACAUUUGUCGAACGAGGCGGCGUACCAUACCCAAAAUGACUCCACGACAUUCCUUCAGGUCAUUGUCAACGCUACUCCUUGCGACACUCGCUUCCGCUCAAGACACAAUUGACGUCCUCUCCUUUGGCCACAAGAACCCUCUCGCUGUUGACGGUAAAAAGAUUCCCGGCUACAAGAGUCAGGCCGUCAAUCACGAGAUCAGAGUCCUCUCCGAUCGCAUCACACUCACGCCUCCUUAUCCUGGCAAUGCGAAAGGUGCACUAUGGUCAGAUGCCAAAACCCACUCGUCAGACUGGACCGCAACCCUCGAAUUCCGCGCAUCAGGGCAAGAAGUUGGAUCUGGAAAUCUGCAGCUAUGGUACACGAAAGAUCCCACUCAAGUUGAGACACACAGCGUAUACAAUGUGGAGAAGUUCGACGGACUGGUAUUGGUCGUAGACCAGUACGGAGGCACUGGUGGUAAGAUUCGUGGGUUCCUGAACGACGGAUCGCAGAAUUAUCGAGGCCAGUCAGCACUAGAGUCGCUAGCAUUUGGACAUUGCGAUUAUCACUACCGAAAUCUGGGAAGGCCGAGCAAGUUGACAGUCAGCUCGAGCCAGUCCGGUCUCGAUGUCAAGAUCGACGACAAGACUUGUUUCUCGACAGCUACCGUCGCACUGCCCGAGGGCUACCACUUCGGAAUUACCGCCUCUACGGGCGAGAGCAAUCCCGACUCGAUCGAGAUAUACAAGUUCCUGGUGAACUCCAAGCUCUCCCAGCACGAGCAAAAAAUGAAGAAUCCCCCCGCGCAGGCGGGAGAUAAGAAACCUACACCUGGAACAACUCCUCGCAAGAUGGACGCUUUUCCGGGUAUCGUGGAGCUCAUACCAGACCGUGAAGCAAAGGAAUUCAAGUCUCAGACUGAGCAAUUCUCGGACUUGCACGACCGAUUGCAGGCCAUGUCUCAUCACAUCGCCUACGUCUUCGGCGAGAUCAAGACCCUCGCCGAGAGCUCGGAGACGCAACACAAGGAGUCGCUGGCCAAGAACACCGAGGUCCUCGAUGCUGUCAAGAACAUGAAAGGCCUGCCCCCUGACACGAUUCGUCAGAUCAGGGAGCUCUCUGAAAAGGUCGACAAGCUCGAAGCUUCUAUGGCUCUCGUGUCGAAGUCUCUGGACGACGAUCACUUCGGGAAGCUGUUCAAACAGAUAGAGAUGAUGCACUUCGAUGUGAUGCCGGCUCAGAUGAAGCAUGCUCUUCAGACCCAUACCCCUAGCUUGGGGAAGUUGGCCUUGCUGCUCGUUGGAACUCAGGUCGUGCUCGCCGCUGCAUACGUCGUGUACAAGCGGAGAAAGAACAGCACACCCAAGAAGUUCUUGUAG